AUGCCGACCGAACUCGCCCGGGCCGUCUCCAAGGCCGUCCGGAAACUCCACGUCGCCGGAACAGCACAAACACUCUGUCUCCUCGACACGGGCUGCAUCCAGCGCAAGCCCCACGCGCUCUCAGGCUGUGUGCCCCACUUGACGGUGAGCUUUACGAGUCUUCAGCACGCCGCGAGGGACUGUCCUGCACCCGGGAGCACCGGAGCGUCAUGUGGCAUAGUCCUGAAGAUGCGGUAGGCCUCGCCUCACUCCUUCUUCCU